AUGGCCAUCCCUCCUCCACCCAGGGUCAAGGAGCCAGAACUGCCCGGGGACACGGCCUGGCCCUCUGUGGUUUUCAGCACCAUGAUGAUUGUCAUGCACACCCCAAGGAAGUUGCCGGGGCCCCCAGAAAAAGCCACAGCUGGCCAGCCACGAAUGACCCAGCUGCCCACACCCAAUGGCAGUGGGCCCAGCCUGGAGUUUGAAGGGCCCUGGCCGGAGAUCUCAGACAGGUCCCCGUGUGUGGCUGGCAUCAUCCCUGUCAUCUACUACAGCAUCCUGCUGGGCUUGGGGCUGCCUGUCAACCUCCUGACCACGGUGGCCCUGGCCCGCCUCGCUGCCAGGACCAGGAAGGCCUCCUACUAUUACCUCCUGGCGCUCACGGCCUCGGACAUCGUCACCCAGGUGGUCAUCGUGUUCGUCGGCUUCCUUCUGCAGGGUGCUGUGCUGGCCCGCGAGGUGCCCCAGGCUGUGGUGCGCACAGCUAACAUCCUGGAGUUUGCUGCCAUCCAUGCCUCGGUCUGGAUCUCCGUCCUCCUCACACUCGACCGCUACAGUGCCCUGUGCCGCCCCCUGCACCACCGGGCGGCCUCAUCCCUGGGCCGGACCCGCCGAGCCAUUGCUGCUGUCCUGGGGGCUGCCCUGGUGACUGGCAUCCCUUUCUACUGGUGGUUGGACGUGUGGAGGGACGCAGACCCUCCUGGCACACUGGACAAGGUCCUCAAGUGGGCUCACUGCCUCACUGUCUAUUUCAUCCCUUGUGGUGUCUUCCUGGUCACCAACUCAGCCAUCGUCUGCCGGCUCCGACAGAGGGGGCAGAGUGGGCUUCGGCUCCAUGUGGGCAAGAGCACUGCCAUCCUCUUGGGUGUCACCACACUCUUUGCUCUCCUGUGGGCACCUCGGAUCUUUGUCAUGCUCUACCAUCUGUAUGUGGCCCCCGUCCACCGGGACUGGAGAGUUCACCUGGCCUUGGACGUGGCCAACAUGGCAGCCAUGCUCAACACAGCAGUCAACUUUGGUCUGUACUGCUUUGUCAGCAAGACUUUCCGAGUCACAGUCUGGGAGGUCAUCCAUGAUGCCCACCUGCCCUGCACCUUGGGGUCACGGCCAGAGGGCAUGAUGGGGGGACCUGUGUUGAAGCCUCCAGGACUCCCCAAAGGGACAGAAUUGUAG